AUGGCACAUAACACGAUCAGUGGAAUAAUUUAUGAAACAUGUAACACUAUAUGGAAUGUGUUUGGACAAAUACAUAUGCCUUUUCCAACAAAAGAAGUGUUUUACCAGAUUGCUCACGAUUUCGAAACACUGUGGAAUUUCCCUAAUUGCAUCGGGUGCAUUGACGGUAAACACAUCCGCAUAAAAUGUCCCAAAAAAACUGGUUCAAUGUUUUAUAAUUAUAAAAAUUAUUUUUCGGUACAUUUGCAAGGAGUGUGUGAUGCAAAAUAUAAAUUUAUUACAGUGGAUAUAGGAGCAUAUGGAAAACAGAGUGAUAGUGGUGUAUUUGCUGAGUCUAAUAUAUAUAAAUACCUAGAAACAAAUUCCUUUAAUGUACCACCCAACAGACCACUUCCAAAUACAAAUAUUCCAAUACCUUUUGUUUUAUUGGGAGAUCAAGGAUAUCCACUAAAAGAAUAUUUGAUGCGUCCAUAUCCAUGGACCUCAAAUUUGGAUCCAGAAAAAGAAAUUUUCAACUAUCGCCUUAGUCGAGCCAGACGUAUGAUAGAAUGUACAUUUGGUAUAUUAGUAUCAAAGUGGAGGUGUCUAAAAACGGAACUCCAAAUAAAUGAAGAUCACGUAGACACAAUAAUUAAAUGUAUCUGUUUAUUACAUAACAUAAUUAUCGAUCAGGAAGGGGUUGAUGAUACGCUAUUUGUAAAUAUUCAUCAAACCAAUACAGAAAUUGAAAUAUCAAGACGAAACAAUCGCUCUAAAACUGUAGCGUAUGCAAUACGUGAUAAAUUCAAAGAGUAUUUUAAUAAUAUUGGAGCUGUUCAUUUUCAAAAUUCCUAA